AGUAAACAUGGGCUGUGGGGGCAGGUGCUGAGGGAGGACCAGGACACGCACCUGAACUCUUGAGCCAGUGUCUGGGAGAGCCAACCCUGAAGCAGUGGAUCACCCAGUGUCCGGAAGAUGCUGAGGACCCCCGGUGUUGCUGGGACCCCUGGAGCAUGACCUGCACCCAGCAGCAUGCCUGGAUGGUUCAAAAAGGCGUGGUACGGGCUGGCUUCUCUGCUCAGCUUCUCCUCCUUCAUCCUGAUCAUCGUUGCCCUGGCACUGCCCCACUGGCUGAGUGGGAAAAUCCUCUGUCAGACGGGAGUGGACCUCGUCAACGCCACGGAUCCAGAGCUGGUCAAAUUCAUCGGAGACAUUUACUACGGACUCUUCCGCGGUUGUAAGGUGCGGCAGUGCGGGCUCGGGGGCCGCCAGUCUCAGUUCACGAUCUUCCCACACCUGGUGAAGGAGCUCAACGCAGGCCUCCACGUCACACUUCUGCUGCUCCUCUUCUUGGCCUUGGCGCUGGCUCUGGUCAGCAUGGGCUUUGCCAUUCUCAACAUGAUCCAAGUUCCAUACCGGGCAGUCAACGGCCCUGGGGGCAUCUGCCUAUGGAAUGUUCUUGCAGGCGGAGUCGUGGCCUUGGCCAUUGCCAGCUUCAUGACCUCAGUAAAAUUUCAUGACCUGACAGAACGAAUCGCCAACUUCCAGGAGAAGCUGUUUCGCUUCGUGGUGGUGGAGGAGCAGUACGAGGAGUCCUUCUGGAUCUGCGUGGCCAGCGCCUCAGCCCAUGCCACUAACCUGGUUGUGGUGGCCAUCAGUCAGAUCCCCCUGCCGGAGGUCAAGGCCAAGAUCGAAGAGGCCACAGUCACAGCCGAGGACAUCUUGUAUUAAUAACCUGCACCUAAAACCAGUUUUUGGUGUGAAUGGAAACCUCCCUUUUCUUUUUCCAGGUUUCGCAGUCCAGAAUGUCUGUGUUACUGGCAGAAAGAAUAAGGAAGUGGGAGGAGGGAGGGUAGUACGUGCACCAGAAAAGAAAACAUUCUGAAUUUAUAGCAUCUCUGUACUUCUUUCUCACUGAUCUUGGAGUUAGAGACUGCC